AGUCUUACACGAAGAGAACAAAAAUGUGUUUGCUGAACGGCAUCGGUUGAUAACGCGGAAACAAGAAGAGGGCGAGUCGCUGGACGAUUUCGCUAUAGAUUUACAGAACAUUGUUGAACAUUGUAGUGUGAGCGUCGAUACGGAAGCUACAUUAGUGCAAUCAGUAUUCGUGGCAGGGAUUCGGAAUGAAAAAACAAGAGAGACUAUGUUACGGGAUGCAAACCAUACGCUAAACCUAGCUCAACUACUAGAAAAAGCUAAAACAGUUGAGAUAGCCGCCUUCGAGGCUCGAAAAAUGUCUAAGCAAAGUUCCAGCAUGGUUAAUUAUGUGGGUCAAAACAAUUCAGUGCGUAACAGAAGUUUCAUCAAACCAGGAAGGUUCCACGAAAGUGCAUGUUCCGGGCAAGGACCGAAGGAUAUUUCGAGUCAUCGAGGAAAUUUUAAAGUUAGCAGCGACACGGUGUGCUACAAUUGUUAUAAUAAAGGUCAUUUGUCUUAUAACUGCACGCUGCCCAAAGUUAAGAAGCCACGCCAUGGAUCUCCAGUACCUAGAAAUAAUUCAGUGAGGAAGAGAGCUUUCGAAGAACGGAUCAACCAAUUAUCAGCAGCCAUGGAAGAUCUCAAAAUGAGUUUAGGCGACGAGAAUGCUACAGGUGAUGAUCAGUCAGGGGAAGAACUGGACACCGAGGAUGCCCAAUCGAAUUGGAUUAACAAUAUAUUGCUCGAUCGACAAUGAAAUCAAAAAAAUUUUGCAUCACCACCAUCAAUCACCAACUACCGAAGACAACAUAAUACCGAAUGAACGAAUUUUUGCUUUCCCACCUCGCACGAAGCUGUCUGCCCUAAGAGGGAAUAAUAAAACAUUCCAUUACGACGACAACGCUCAAAAUACGCCAACAGUUUUCAAUACCAACAGUAAAAUAAUUUAUACAUAUAAAUCAAAUGGUAGAGCUCUUAGCACAGAAGGUACCAUAUUAAAAAAAAUAUCGAAUCUAACUUAUUUGAUAGACGUAAAUGGCGGUACCCGUAAAGCGCAUAGAAAUCAAUUAAAACACAUUCCCCAGAAACCAUUCGUUCUGAAAAAUUCUAUCGCUCCGGAGUUAGCGGCAGAAUACGAUCUACAAAACGAAACAAUCAGGUCAGAGAUUAAAACAGAACAUAAACAUACACCAUCAAGUGCAUUGCCUAAACUAAAAACAAAACCAGUAUUACGGCGAUCUACUAGAUAUAUAAAAUCAAAGUACAAAAAUCUUAA